CCCAGAAGCUUACCUGAGUGACAGACACGUUGACAGCAACGCCACUUGCUUGAUCAUUAGUUGAUCAUUGAAUUGUUGAUCGUUCAGAAUUGAUUAGUUGAUAAUUGAACAUUAGUUAGCUUGAUCACACUGAAACGACUGCAAACGUUGUUUCCCGAUCUACCUGCUAACCAUGUGUGGAAUUUUUGCAUAUCUGAACCACUUGGUUCCGAGAACGCGCAAAGAGAUCCUCGCCUUUCUGAUCAUGGGUCUACAAAGGCAAGAGUACCGAGGUUAUGAUUCCGCGGGCAUCGGUAUCCAGGGCAGCAACUCGGAGGAGGACUGCAGCAUCUGCCUCAUCAAGAAGCAGGGCAAAGUGCGCGCGCUGGACGAAGAAAUCCACAGAACGGAGACCCUCGACUUUGAUCGAGUCUUCAACAUCCACGCCGGCAUCGCACACACGCGCUGGGCCACCCACGGUGUGCCGAACUGGGUGAACAGCCAUCCGCAGAGGAGUGGGGUCUCCAACGGAGAGGGAGCCCUCUGUUGGUUGGAAUCAAAAGCAAAACCAAGCUGACGUCCGACCACAUCCCUGUCAUGUACAGUAAGGAUACGUCGCAUCGCAGAGGUUGCGCGUCGAACUGCGACAAAGCAGACCAUCGUCGCGACACGCCGGAGAUUCUUCCUGAGCAGCUACAGCGCACCGCCUCCCUCACGCAGAUCACCAAGAUGGGCGACCAGGACGAGGUCGAGUACUUCUUCGCCUCCGACGCCAGUGCGGUGAUUGAGCACACCAACCAGGUUAUCUACCUUGAGGACGAUGACGUUGCCGCCAUCAAGGACGGAAAUUUGACCAUCCAUCGGCUGAAGAGGCACGUGGACGAGUCGACGUCCAGGGAGAUCAUCACGCUCAUGAUGGAGAUACAGGAGAUCAUGAAAGGCAACUACAGCUCGUUCAUGCAGAAGGAGAUCUUCGAGCAACCCGAGUCGGUCGUGAACACCAUGCGGGGGCGACUUCUGGCGGACGAGGGUAACGUCAUUCUCGGCGGCAUCAAGGACUACAUUCCCGAGAUCAAGCGCUGCCGACGUCUGCUGUUCAUCGCCUGCGGCACGAGCUACCACAGCGCCAUCGCGACGAGGCAGCUGCUGGAGGAGAUGACUGAGCUUCCCGUCAUGGUGGAGCUGGCGUCGGACUUCCUCGACCGCAGCACGCCGAUAUUCCGCGACGACGUCUGCUUCUUCAUCUCACAGUCAGGCGAGACUGCCGACACGCUGAUGGCGCUGAGCUACUGUAAGCGCCAGGGGGCGCUUAUCGUUGGCAUCACGAACACGGUCGGGUCGAGCAUCUCGCGCGACUCGCACUGCGGCAUCCACGUCAACGCCGGACCCGAGAUCGGUGUCGCUAGCACCAAGGGCAGCAGCAGCCGUUUCCACCCGACGCCACUGUUCGAGAUGGUUCCUUCUCAUAUUCGGUUUGCGGUCUCACGCGAACAAUGUAUGUGAUGUAUUAAAAUCGCAAUGCAUUUUUCUCCAGAGCAAAUACAAGAGAUAUUGCAGUCGGAUAAAGAGAUACUCGCGCUAGCCGAGAGCCUCUACCACCAGAGGUCGCUACUCAUCAUGGGCCGAGGGUUUAAUUACGCCACCUGCCUAGAGGGGGCGUUGAAGAUAAAGGAAUUGACAUACAUGCACUCGGAAGGUAUUCUUGCGGGAGAGCUGAAGCACGGACCUCUGGCCCUCGUCGACAAGGCGAUGCCGGUCCUGAUGAUAGUCGCACGCGACAACGUCUACUCGAAGUGCAUGAACGCGCUGCUGCAGGUGACGGCGCGCGAGGGCCGCCCGAUCGUCAUCAUGGAGAAGGGCGACGAGGAGACGAGAAAGCACGCGUAUCACACGAUCGAGGUGCCGCACACCGUCGACUGCCUGCAGAGCGUGCUGUCCGUCAUCCCGCUGCAGCUGCUGUCCUACCACAUGGCUGUGCUGCGCGGCUGCAACGUGGACAUGCCGAGAAACUUGGCGAAAUCCGUCACCGUGGAGUAAAGGACACGACGAGAAGUCACGACCUUCGACACGUGAGGUCACAACUUUAGAAACAAGAGGGCACGACCUUAGACACAAGAGGUCACUACUUUCGACACAAGAGGGCACGACCUUAGACACAGGGAGUCGGUUUGCGCGGGCCGUUUCUUUGAACAAUUUUGUCCGACACAAUUCCAGGGCAUUAUUUCAGCCGUCAUUUCUCUCAAGGCAUUUAUCCCAAUAUCGGGCCUGCAGAUGGCGCCACGUUAUGCAGUCGACAUAUUCACAUCUGGCGAUCUAUCGGUAAAAAGCGCAAUCCUCGCGCGUGACUCACUCUCGCCCCGCGAGACGUAGCUCUAAUCUCGCGCGCGCGAACCCUGCAUCUGCUCGGGUAGUGUAAGCUGUGCCCGUGUGGCAUCGUAUAUAUAUACACAUCCACCCAUGUGGCAAACACCCGACAUUGCGCACGGGCACGGCUGGUACGCAGCGCGUCGUAACUGUGAGUGUGACUCUGAACACUGUAACACGUGCAGGGGUACUUGACGUUUAUUGCCCAUCUGCAAUGUAGUGGGGUGGGGGUGGCGUUUGGCAUAAGGGGGGGAUGUACACCAACGCCGCACUUGGCCACUCAUUGCACGCACAGCAUUUAAAUUAAUUAAAUAUAAUUAAUUAUGAUAACACUAUAUAAUUAAACGGGCCAUAACGUUUCCACCCGACGCCACUGUUCGAGAUGGUUUCUUCCCAUAUUCGGUUUGCGGUCUCACACGAACAUUGUUCUGUAUUGUAACGGAUUUUCUCAAUGGCGGUUAUCAGGUUAUCAUUGUUGCAUUGGAUAUGAUCGCGCGAUUUGGCAUGCAGACUUACGUUAAAUUAGGGACCUAUGCAUUAACAUUGACAUUAUAUCGUUCUUGCAUGUAGUGUGGCUGUGAACAGAACGAGUGUGUCCAUGAAUGGAAUAUAUAUAAUAUAUAUAGAUAUAAAGUUCAGAAUGUUUGUAGUUUUGUGUGGUGGUACAUGUGGGUGCUAAUAUACUGUAAAUCUCGUAGGAUAUAUAUGAUAUAUAUAUAUAUAUAUAUGUAUGUGUGCUCAUGAAAUCGUUGUCUAACCCAUGUUACACCAUUUAGUCGACACUUUUCAUUUUUACAUAAUUGAAAUACUUGAUUUCUCCUCAUUUUUUUAAUGUUAAUACCAAAGCCGCAAAUCUCUUGUUAUUCAAUGUUCGGAUUUUUGAUCAUGAAUCUCCACUUUGUUUUUUGAUGUAUAGUUGAAUUGGAUUGCCUCUUGCUAAAUUAAUUUAACAUACAAUUCCAUCCUUAAAAUAUUUCUUUACAUAGAUCUGUAUUCUGGGUGUUUUAGGUUUUAAGAUUACAUACUGCUCAAACUAUGUUAUGUGGAAUAUUUAUUAAACGAAUAUAUACUCAUCUAUUUCUGGUUGAAA